AUGAAGUUAGUACGCAGCCAGCCUGGGCCAUCUACCCACAAAUGGCGUUCCUCGCCAUGGCUCAUAAGCGGUUCAAUCAUAGUUGCUCUAUUCUCUGAGACAUUCCUUUACAGUUUUCUUGGUCCCAUCGUGAGCUAUAUUCUCGAAAGACGCUUACACCUCGAUCCCGCCCAAACGCAGACGUUUACCUCGGGGUUGCUCUCCCUUCACGGUCUGUGUUCGUCUGUUGCUGUACCGGUCAUCACACACUACGCAGAUAGAACGAGUUUUCGAAAAUCUUGGCUUCUUAUCCUUGCUCUAGUGGGAUCUAUAGCCGGUACUCUGCUGGUUGCAUUGGCUCCGUCAUCAUGGGUUCUCUAUCUAGGUCGUGCUCUACAAGCCAUCGCUGGAGCGGGCUCAUCAGCAACUGGUCUCGCCAUACUUACGGAAAGGUUUGCACAGCAUGAAACGAUUAUGGGAUUUGCAUCAACCGCGUUGUCAGCUGGUACGCGUAGCGGUCCAUUCAUUAGUGGAACGAUAAUGCAACUAGCAGGAUACUGGGCCAUGUGGUCGAUUCCUCUAACAAUACUGGUGCUGGAUAUCGUGGCUCGGCUGAUCGUUAUUGAGCCUCACGAGGAAGAGGAGGAACCGCACACUUCAUCAGAGUCCGCGACCCCAGUGCUGAGACCUCGCAAUGACGUUGACGAAAGUACAUUGCUCCUCCCAAACCCACGAUUGUCCAGAAGACACGAUUCCCUGAGUGGAUUUUAUCGCCUCAUGCUGAGCGAUGAACGAGUUCGAACUGGACUGGCCAGUAUGGUGAUGGACUCGACAUUGAUAGCCGGCAUGAUCAAUACCCUUCCGGCUCAUCUGCGUGAAAUAUUUGGAUGGGGCAGUUUACCCACUGGAUUGAUGUUCUUGUGCUUGCAAGCUCCGUCCGUAGUGCUAGGAGUCCCUUUUGAAUGGCUCCGAGAUCGCUACGGACCAAAGAUACCAACUACAAUCGGUUUCAUUGCUGGUGGCCCUCUGCUUUUAUUCCUGGGUAUACCCGGCAAUGAUCACUUCCCUUGGGCUGGUAAGAAUGCUGCCGGGAAACCAAUCUUCGUUGCUUGUAUGAUUGGAUUUGGUAUCUCGUCCAUUUUCACCCGUGGCGCAGGUCCUGCUCAAUUGAGGUCUGUGGCCAAUGACUUGCAAAGAGACAAACCGCAUAUUGUCGGGAAUGGUCGAAGUGGCUCAGUCUCCUCUAUGGUCUUGGUCGCCUCAAGUAUUGGAAUGCUGCUUGGGCCACUACUGUCCGGUGCACUCUCGGAAACAGUUGGAUUCUCAACCAUGAAUCUCAUCUUUUCUGCCACCUCUAUUGCCAUGGCUGUUCCAUCUUUCUUAUGCCUCGAUGGGAAACCUCCGUCCGAGAAUUUAGAUCAGGCUCCUUCAUCCGACAGUGUCUAUUCCUACUCAUCCCUUGACUCACACGCAUAG